CUCUACAGAGCUUCAUCAACUGGAUUUCCUGCUUGGAGAUCUUCACCUCAGCUCAGAAGCUACCUCUCUCCUUCAUUUUCACCAUUUUUUCAUUCCAAAUCCCUACCUUUAUAAGUUCUCCUUUCACUUCAGUAUUUCACUUCUCUCUCUCUCUCUCUCAAGGUUAUCUCCAUUCUUCCUUCUAUAUAAUCCUCUGUUUUUCUUCUCUCUCGAGCUACUUUCUGUUUCUGGCUUCCUAUGAUUUUUAUAGAUUCUGUUGACCACAGAUGAGUAAAGCUGCCAAAGUCGCCAAGUUUCCAAGGAAAUUCUGAAGUUUCUGAAGGUGAAUUAAUCUCUUACACUAACAGUCGUUUUAUCUUAAAUGCUAAUUACUGAAAACUGGAACACUCUUCUUAAAAAUAAGCGUUUCAGUCUUUCAAACCUUUCAGCAUUUCCGUUUCUCUUGAUUGCUUGCUUCCUCAUCACCCCUCUAGAUCUCCAUAGAUCGAUCCAGAACAAUAUCACUAUUCUAAGGUAAACUUUCUUCCAGUUUCCUUUCUUCUCUAAGUUUGUAAUUCCUCGAAGACAUGGCUUCGUUGCGUUCUGGCCCAAUCAGCGAGUCGAUACGGAGGAAACCUUUUCUUAUCGACAAGAGACCUCCGAUGCUGAAAGAUUUUCUCAGAGACGAUCUGAAUUCAUGCUCGUCGAAUGGCUUUCAAUCCUAUCCUCGACGUUCAUGCUGUACUACAGUUCGAAAUCUUCUCGACAUAGAUUUCAAAUCCAGGGAAUCCAGUCAAAGGCGAAGAUUAGUCAGAAGUCGGUCGAAGGCUGCUUCGACGACAAUUUCUGCAUUACAUAAGGCAUCAGAGGCCGUGCUUGCCGCCGUAAAGUACUUCCCAUUCUCCCCUAUUAAUAAGUCUCCGUCAACGCAGCCGCAAAACCGGCCUAAGGUGGGGAUCCUACCGAGAAGCAUCUCCCGGAGAUUGAGACGGAGUUUCUGGAGAAAGACCGACAAAGAAGAACACGAGAUCAUUGUCACUGUUAGGGUUAAAGACAUUCUACGGUGGAAAUCAUUUCGAGAUUUAAUCGAAGACAGCGAGAAACCCUCGGAUUUCUCUCCCACUCCUCUAAACGAGAAGGCGAAACCGUUGUGUUUAUCUUCUUCUCCUCUCCCCAGAACUACCACCACUACCACCACCACCACCACCUCAUCCAGCAUAACCAGUAGUAGUAACAGUUGGGCUGAUAGCGAUUUCACGUCGGAUUAUUUACAGUCAUCCAGCGUUAGUUCUGAGUGUUUGGGUGAAACAGACGGUGAAGAUAGUAAAAGAUGCUUAUCGUCGGAGAAGCAGACUUUCAACAACAAAGCCGGUGAGGGUUCCAUGGAGACAACAACUACCUACUCUGUAGAUGCUAAGAGUGCGUGCCAGUACGAGGAGAAAGAGCAGUUCAGCCCUGUUUCAGUGCUUGAUUUCCCAUUCGAAGAAGAAGAUGAAGAUACUGAGACCCAUUCGUCCUCUAACCAGAGUCUUUCAAACAUGGACUGGGCAAAACAGAAGCUUAUGCAGAAGAUUCGACGGUUCGAGAUCUUUGCUCAACUGGAACCAGUCGAGCUAGAGCAACGAAUUGCCUUGGCGGAGCUCGAUGACUCGGUGGAGUGCGCCAGCGACUCUUUCUCAAUCUCUGUUCACGAUGACACGGCAUACCAAAGAAUUGAGGAAGACGAAGAAGCAAUUGAGGCAGAGGAAAGAGCAAUGCGAUUGUUCAAUAAGCAUAUCAAAGCAUCGAGCCAAUUACAGAACCGAAAAGCAAGUAUGGAACAUGUUCUGMUAGACUUCUUUAGAAAUGGAAUCAUGGGUAGAACUCAAGCAGAAGAAGGAGAUGAAUUUGAAUGCGAGUUGUUGAAGGUGGCAAGAGAUUGGGUGGAUGGGAAGAAACAAUAUGAAUUGGGACGGGGGUUUGGGGAUGACAGGUCGGUGUGUGUCAGAGAAAUGGAGAGUGGAGGACAGUGGAAGAAGCUUGAGGAGGAACAAAGGGAGCUUGCUGCGGAGAUGGAAAUUAAGGUUUGGGGAUCUUUGGUAGACGAGCUGUUGCUUGAUCUCUUGUCUUAAGAGAUCCAACCAGUCAACAAAACCAUUUUCUUUUCCUUAAUCAAAAGAAUCCUACCAUACAGGGAACAGACUAGGUAACAAAACCCGAAGCACCAACUCAGUGCUCAAGGGAACAAGCAGGGCUCUACAACCACUGUCAGUGGAUUGUGGCAAUGUUCUUCAGGUUUCUUCAUUUUUGGGAUGGGUAGGUGAAAAGUGGAAACGAUAUACUACUUUGAAAACCCAAAGCUAAAUAUAUAUAUUUUAUCUUUUAUUUAACUUCUUCAUCGUCUUGUUCUUUCUGCUUGACCCACUUUUCACACCAAGGAAAUGGGCUCACUGCCUUGGCACAGAUUAGAAAAGAGAAGAGAUGACUUGCGACAAAUUCCAAGAAAGCAAAGUAUUACAUCUAA